GCAAGCGUGAAAGCAGACAGAAAAGAAAAGAGAAGAAGACAACUGACGCAAUAGCGCGGGUCACCGUCGUCAAUUCCUUGGUAACUUGCAAGAAAGAAUCAAGACAUCACUUCCAUAAUUGGUGUCAAGUGGUGUAUAAGUCAACAGACUUGACAUAUGACAGCACAAAACUAUUCAUACUGAAGGGACCGAAUCGAGACAACAGUCAACGUAGCCGAGAUGGGAGAAAAGAAUUGCAGCAAAAAAUGUCCUAAAGGAAAAUAUAUGGUUUCUUGUAAUACCACAUCGCAAACAGUAUGUGAAGUCUGCCCACGGCGUACAUUUAUUGAUGAGGAAAACAACUUGAGCCGGUGUCGAGCCUGCAGGGAGUGCUCCAGCAGCAGCAACAUGGAGAAGGCAAAGGAGUGUGAGGCAGACAAAAACACGGAGUGUAGGUGUAAGACGGGAUACUUCUGUACACAUGAAAGCGACUCCCACUGCGAUCACUGCAUCCCAGUCGGCACAUGUCCUCCAGGGAAAGGAGUCACCACUUAUCACACAUUCAAGACAAACACCAUAUGCGGACACUGCCCAGAGGGAACCUACAGUGAUGUGGACGACUACAUUUCCAGCUGCAAAAAUUUUACAAGUUGUGAUGAUUUGGGUCGAGUUCUGAAAACUCCUGGGACCAGCCAAUCAGACGUUGUUUGUGGAGAUUUUAAACCUUGUGUGGCACCUUGUUCUUGGUUGUUACCUGCUAGCCUGUGGUCAGGGGUCGUGAUUACUUCCCUGCUUGUAUUUUUGAUCCUGUUUCUAAUUUACUGGAGAAACAGACACCAUUCAAAAAAAUUAGAGAUUUCUUUAAACCACAUCUCGCCAGUGCUUCCUCCAGACAUCCUGAAAUACCCUGCAGACUGCGAUGUGGAGAAACAUGCAGAAUGUCAGCAACUUACACAUUUAGUUGGAAACUACCCCGACAUGGACAGUAGCAUACAGUGUGAUGAAUUUCUGCCAACGAUAACAAUGUCUGAGAAAUACAGCCACUCGGCUGCCGCAAAUGGAUAUACAGACAGCAUCAUGUGCCACUCAACCUAUCAGUCGGAGCCACAGGAGUCUGAAUGGAACGAUUAACUUUGGCACAUUAACUCCCCAUUAACCUGACAAUUAUCUAGUAUGGGUAGUAUCUAGCUAGUAUGGGUAGUAUCUAGCUUUACUUCUGUUCUGGUAGAAUGUGUAAAUAACUAUGGGCCAGAUUUACUAAACAGGGCAAAUUAGCGUGAGAGUGCCAUUCCAUAAAAAUGCCGAUGGGAGGGAAAAAUUCUGCGGGUGAUUUACUGACAAGGUGCACAUUAAAGAAAACAUACACAACAUCUCAGUUCCCUAAUGACCAAUGCUAUCCUUUCUCACAUUUCCGGGUUUCUCACAGCAGAAGUCAUCAUAGUUGGAUAAAAUCUGAGAGCAGUGAAUGGAGGAGUACCAUAAAUAUUUACUUUUUGCAUUCACAUUUGCUCAAAUAGCAAAAGAAAAACUCCAGAUAGUGUUUUCACUACUUUCAAUUAAAGGAGAAAAAAAUUGAGAGAGAUUAAUAUCCGCAGUCAGAAAAGAGAACGAUGUCAAAUUUACCGUCCCUCCCAUAGAAUCUGCAUUAGAAACACCCUCGCAUUAGUUAACUAUUUUUUUGUAACUUGAAGAAAAGGUGAUAUAAUACAAAGUUUAAUGUUAUAAAUGUACAUAUAUUUAAAAAAAAAAAACAUGAAAAACUUAAGGAUUUAUGAUGAUGACCAUUGAAACGGUCUUGUGAAAAGGGUCCAACAAUGGGAGGGGAAAAUUCUGUGGGUGAUUUACUGACAAGGUGCACAUUACAGACAGUGUUGCCAAGCUUGUGGUUUUCCCACAGAAGUGGGCUAAUGAAUUUGCCACAGUUGUUUUUUAUGUCUGUGGGUUGAAUCAUGUCUGCGUGUUGAAUCAACCCCAGCAAUGUGAUAUUUAUCCCUUGGAAUGCAAAUUUUACCAAGAAAACAAAACAAAAAAAUUUUUUAACAGGGGACCCCCCUCGAAACACAGUUGGACUAGUUUUGGACUAAUUCUGGGUAACAAUUGGGCGAGUUUUGUUGUGAAAACCUGGCAACCCUGAUUACAAAACACAUAUGAUCUCAUUUGCAUAUUGACCAGCACAAUCUACUAAGAGCAGUGCAAAAUUACCACCUGCUUUUUUGGGGCGUUAAAUAAUGGUGCCAAUACAAUACCAGUCUGGAAGGGAAACUCCUACAAAUGCAUAUUCAAUAAGGUCAGGUGCAAAAAUAACUGUGUGCACGCCUUUUCAGCGCUAAUUCUAAACUGUGGGUCUUUAGUAAAUCCAGCCAGUGCUAUUUAAAGCCAAAAGAUGGUUUGCGCUGGCGCAAGUUGUUAGUAAAUCUGGCCCUAGAUUUUAUUUUUAUAAAAACUGAACACACAUUUAACAAAAACUAUAUAAAUUAACUAUUGCAGUUACACAGUAUGGUAUCUCUUGUAAUAUAUUGUCUUUUUGUACGUUGUGUUUUUCAGAUAUUUCAUGUUAAUAAACAUUGAUUUUUGAUUAAUCA